ACAUUUUUGUGUGUAAAAAAUCAAUCGAUUGCGACAGUUCAAGAUAAAUACUGUGUGUUAAAUUUACACACAAGUGUUAAAAAUUAAACACAGAAUUUUAACAUACGAUUAUUUUACACUUUGACGAUUCGUUUUUUACUGUGUAGGAUCAGAGAUCCUUGCGUGUGCAUAGACAAGCUAGUGUACAUCAUAUGCACUGUUUUCUACGUGUCGUACGUAUGUACGGCCGAGUAAAGUAUCAUAGAGGGGGAAAUUGCAGAGCGAGAGAGGGUAAUUUCAGUGGGGUGCUUCCUGUGCCGGCUAGUACAGAAAAUAAUAUAUCGGGUAGGGGUUGCUUUCAGCCCCAGUGUUGUCGCGGCGCGCGCGUGAUUCAGACGCAUUCAAUUUACUCGCCUGAAUUUUAAAAAUACAAAACUUCAGUCAUAAUUACCCCAGCUAGAAGUAAUUUGAAAAUUAAUUAAAAAAUUUUUUAACAAUAGAAAAAAAGUGCAUGUGUGUCAGUUGAAGUUAUUUCGUAAUUUCUAUCGAACUUGAGUAGUAUUCCGUUUUGUUGCGGUACAAACUCUAGGGUUGUAUAGAAUUUUGUUAAAAAAAUAUUUGCCGUUGAAAUCAAGCCAUCGAAAACAGGAUCAUUUUGGUUUUUUUAUCCGGAGAUGAUUAAACAAUCGGAGCAAUGUCAACAGCGCUGUUCGACGUAUCGCGAGCCGGGCAAGGAGUAAUAGUCGAAUUACGGAAGUGAAGGAAUAAGGUGCUCUUUCUGGAGCUAGUUACCGAUGAGUAAGUGGACAUGAAUUGGCCGUCCAAAUGGUCGCCGUUACGGAUUCUCAUUUUCAUUUUUCUCAAAUGUGGCACAAUGGAACCAAUAUUGGCGAUGGAAGACUCCUUCUUCUCAAGACUGGUAGUUGCGGCAUCUCACACAGCUCUAUCUGGGGAUCUGGCAGUGUUAAUUAUAAAUUUAUCAGCUCUAGACCACAUGAAAACUACCACGAGUACUACCACAACGCAAAUACCGGAAAUUUCAACCGUUGGCAAGACAAGUACGAGAACAAGGACGAAAAUUACAACGACAACGACAACAGAGGAGGCUGAUAUUGUUAUGGAACAAGAAGAGGAAGACGAUAAUGAUGAUUAUGAUUCUUGGCAACCGCAACCUGAAUAUGAUCCUUUUGUUUUACGAGUCAUGCGCUUGGAUGGAUUUUCAUCAGAAUUAAUUGGCGAAGUACCAAUUGAGACUUCUACAUCAGUUGCUAAUAUUUCACUCUCAAUUCCCUGUGGGUUUUUUUCACGUGGCGGUGCAUACUCAUUACAAUUGCAGCGUAAAUCAGUACCGCCAAGUGAUAAAUUUAUGGAUACAAAUGGUGUUCAGAUGAGGACAACGUUGGACGUGAGAUGGCCCACACCCUCGCUGACUUUAGAGCCCCAGCAUUUUAAUACUUAUCCAGACCAACCAGUUCUCGCGACACUCGAGUAUACAGGAGUUUCGUGCUCGCCCGCAAAAGGAAUUCCUGAAGACACGUACUCGCUCCAACUUAUCUACUGCGGUGCGAGUGUAUUGUCAUGUGAUCCGCGGAAUAAAACCAACAUACAGAUGCUUUAUUCAGAAGAGAUAACAGGAUUUCCAUUACAAAAAAUCCUAAACCUCCGUUGUGAAUUUUUCGGCCUCGCUGGACACUAUGCUUUGAGAUUGAAACCGUCUGACGUUAAUUCAACAGCACCAACUACUAGUGCAUACAUUAAAGUAGAAGUUUCCAACCAGUAUGUAUUCAAUGUUCACGCUCGUUCUGUUUAUCCGUGCGACGGAAGUUCCGGAGGUCUGUCGGUCCUCUUCGAGUACCCAUCCUGUCGUCUUCAAGGCGACCGUGUACGUGUUUACGGUCGUCUGAGAGCCGACGUUGCCUCGCUGGCACCACCGUCGACUCUCCACUACGUCGCUGAAUUAAAAGCACCACCUGGUAAACACACACUCACCUUUGACUGCGAAAUAUUUACCGAAAAAUUCGUCGAGUAUUGCUUCGUAUACGUCAGUCAAGCUAUCAACAGUGCUAUGGCUGAAGUUAGAGUCGAUUGCAUUCCCACGUUUCCCAUUCAAGACAGCGAUGCUGGGGGAUGGGGCGACUGGAGUCCAUGGGGACCUUGCAGCAGCACGUGUGUUGGUGGAGUCCGUAAUCGGUACAGAUUCUGCGACAGACCGCCGCCGCGAUAUGGAGCUAAAUUUUGUCAAGGCAAAGCUGUAGAGUCAGAAGCUUGCGGUGGUGCCGGCGGCCUAGAUCUUGAAAGCACAUGGUCAGCCAGCGAGUGGGAGUGUAAACAUGGACAAGGUCUUGCUGCUGAGAGACCAGAAGUUACUGCUGAGGUAGGCACCAAGUGUCGGUGUGGGUGUGUCGUAAAUUUACGCAACGACACGAUCACAAGAAAAAUUUUAGCUGCAAGUACUCAGGCUUGCCCUGGGCGAUCAUUCUGGCUAAUUCAGACCGAGUCCGGGUCUGUUGUUAAGCUCCACUUUGAUCAAACUAAAUUUCCGUGUUCCGGUCAGUAUGUCAGGGCACGAGAUGGCGAUUCUUUGAGUGCUGAGUUAUUGGCAGAUGUUGCUGUUGACAAAAACGCACCAGAAUCGGGAACAGUUGUCUCGACGGGUCAGAGUUUACUUUUGGAAUUUUUUAGUGAUGAAAUUGUCGUCGCCAGGACGUCAUGUAGCGGCGGUUUUUUAGCGCAUGCAUCCAUGUUGCUGAAAUCUCAACCAGAAAACGCAACAGAGGAUACCACGGCGGUGCUUAUUGGACCAAAAGUAAUGGCAGCAGCCGGAAGAUGGGCAUUAUGGUUUUCUCCCGCCCAUUUGGUAGCCGCUGCUCUACUGCUUCUCAUGUUUCUCGUUUCCAUCUUCUUAGCAUUGCAAUACGCGGUGAAAUACAGAAAAUACCAAGUCGCCGAGGAUCUGGAUAGUCUGACCGACAACUCGACGUGUAGUGGUUCAAUGCAAGGACUGGCACGUCGUGCAAGAGCGUUAUCUUCAUCAACUCUUAUCUCCGAAGUAGUAUCCCUUGUAAGAUUAACACGUAGAAGACCCUCAGGGCACGGGAGGCUAGAAGAGACCUCUGCUGAUCUUGAAGACGGCUAUGAAAGUACUGAGACCCAAGCAGAUAUGGAAGAGGAAGCCAACGCAGAAACCGGUACUUUGAAGCACAAAGACCCCCCAGAAGAUAUCAACGGCUCGCAAAAAACAAUCGUGGCCAGUGUUAAAAGUACACCUUCCCGUCGGUCUUCAUCUUCGAGCACUCUGACUUCUAUUUCCGGCCAACCCGAGGUCAAGUACGCCCGUCCAGUUAAGCUUCGCACGGCCGGGCCGAUAAGUCCCGUGUCCGAGGAGGCAUCGAUUUCAGAAGACAGUAGACGUUGCAGCACUGAAAGUGGCUCAACCAGCGUCAAUAACGUAAGCGUCUCACACCCAAAACCAUCUAGAGUCCAGGCCAAGGGUUUUUCACCAGCAAGCACCUCAUCAAAUAUAUCAACACUGAGGUGCGGCAAAGAGACUAAGGAUCGUCGAAACCGCGAGCGUCUUCUCCAAGGGCCCGGUUCAGAAUUUAGUUUAGUCAAUCCCGAUACAGAUCUCGAGUUAGAUUAUUAUGAUUACAAUGUUGUAAAUGCCGGCGCAGCUCCAGGUUCUUAUUUAGGUAUGGAUCCAGCAUUUCUUGUCUGGAUACCGCCAUUGACGCCCGGUGAAACAGAAAUACUCGAAGCCAUUGAAGAGGAUCAUCAUUACGAAGAAAUACCCGAUCGUCGUGAAAAAGAGUCACGUAUUAUGGAUACCGAAGGAGCUGCUUUAACUCCUGCCGAGUAUCAAAGAGCCCGCAUCUCCAGACAAGACCAAAAAGACUCAGAUACUGAAAUUCUCGCGAGGAAAUACGAUCCCGGUGAGAGUAGACUUCAUGAUGAAAUAAUAAUGGAAUACCGGGCUAGAUUACACGAAGGUAUGCUACCGAUUCAUCGGAUUCUUGAGGAGUCAAGAGUCAGAGUAAGCGAGGAAUCCCUUGCGAGACAUUCACACGACGAUGCUCCUCACAUUGACAUUAUUCCCAACCGGCUGGUUACUGAAACUGAUAAACGUUUUUCUAAAGAUACUGCCACGUCCGCUAUUGCUACUCCUGCUCUGGCUGCUAAUGCUGAUGCAAGUGGUAAUGGUGGAGGAAGCGGAGGUAAAUUUACACCGAAAUCAAACCGCGACCGCUUGAUUGAAGAACAAGAACGUUCGAGAAGCGCCAGCAUACCUAGAAAUAAUAGAUUAACUAAUGAUGAUGAUAAAAGAAGAACACCCGCGUCUGUACGCAGCAGAUUGCAAGAGUACAUUGACAGUAGUGCUAAUCAAUCUAAAUACAAUCAAUUGUCUCCGGAGACUACGAGAAGUUGCGGGGAGUUAUCGAAAGACCAGAGAAAAAAAUACCACGAGACAAAUCAAUCACUAAUGAUUAAGGAUAAUAAAAAUACUUUUAGUAAAAUAAAUAACGACCGUCACCGCGAGGUAUCAAAAAAUGAUGAAUCAAAAGAUGAUUUUAUUUUACCUAAACCAAAGACACCGCUGAUAAAUAGCAGAAGGUAUAAAGAUUGUGCGGAUUUAAAUUUAGUUAUGGAAAGCAAAGGUAAAAUAUUACAAAAUGUUGAAAAUAUACCGAUGAAAGAAUUUACGCGUAGUAGAAAUGAUUCACCGGCACGAGUUCAUAAAUCUAAAGAGACUGAUAAUGAUAUUAAUAAUAUUGUAUUAGUUGAUAAAAAAAUAUGUCAAAUACAGAGUCCAGAUUAUGGAGUCGAGAUGGAUAUUAGGGAUGAAAUUUCACGUGAUUCAAUUUAUGAUUUAAUUGGUGAAGAUGAGGGUGAAUUUAAAUUUGCUGAUGAUGAUGAGGAUGAGUAUGUUGACAACAAAAUAACAGCAUAAUUAUUUUAUUUUAUUGGAAGUUAAUAAAAUUAACGAUAAAUAAAAUAAAUAAAAUUUUAUGUACAGAAUGUGAAUGAUAGAUUGUGAUUGAUGGUGAUAGAUUAUUAAAUCCAGCUGAAAGUACAAGUACCGGAUAAUGUGAUGAUGAUUGAUAGGAUGUCAAGUUUAAAGUUUAUCUGAAGAAUCGAUAUUAACCAUUUUAAAUAAAAUAAAUAAAUCGCCGAUGAUAAUUUUUGUAAUCUAUAUAAUCCAUUGCGCCUCAUUCAAUACUCAUGUAGCGAAAAAAAAAAAUUAAAUUUUAAAAUGUACAACAAUCAAAUAUUGGGUGUAAUAUAUGAAUGUAAAAAAAUUUUUAAUUUAUUUCAGUAGUCUAGAGUCUAGACUAAUUAAAUAAUGAGUCCAAUUAAUUAUAGAUCUUACUACAGGAUAUUUCAUAUCAAUCUCGGGCGCGAUAUCCCGAAAAAAAAACUAAUAAAAUGCUACAAUUAUUUUAAUUAAUGAAAAAUAAAUAUGAUUAAAGUAUAUUUAAUAUCAAAGACUGUAUUUUUCGAUUUAAAUUUCGAGGUUUUACUUACAAUUAGAGAAAAAAAAUUGAUAGAUAAAUAAAUAGAAAAGAAUGAGGCGUGACAACUCUUUUUUCAUUAAAAUGUGAGACUAAACUAUAAGAUAAAUAAAUAACGAAUUUGUUUGUCGCUUUAUGAAAAUAUAAAUAAUUUUAUAUUUUAAGUUCAACUCAUCAAUCAUAAAUAUGUAAUUUACUAUUAUUAUUUAAUAUAUAAGACCAAAAAUAUAUAAAUAAUCACGUGUAAUAGCUUAGAUUUCAUAUUAUUGAACCGAUAACUUGAAAUAAAUUCAGAGAGCGCGAUUUAUAAAUAAUAAUUAAGAGAUGAGCGUUAUUGUACCAUAUAAAUGUAUUUACUUAUGACUCUGUAUUUUUUUCUAGUCAAUUGUUUAUUGUAUAAAGUAAAACUUAUUAAAUUUCGAUGAGUACGGAACAGCGAAGCUGGAUCAUCUUAUCGAUAUUACACAUAUUAUUUUAAUUAUUUAAUUUAUUAUUAUUUUUUUAUAUCUCGCGUACUUGAGAAAUUUAUUCAAACGUGAUUGACUGAUAUUUAAUAAUUAUUUAGCAAUUAAUAAAUUAUAUUAUAAUUAAAUUAAACGCUCAAUUAUUAUUUGUUAAUAAUUUAAGGGCAUUCUCAGACAGUGCCCGCCACUUUUUAAAAAUAUGCAAUUACUUAACUGUAAUAACCGUAUUUAAAUUUUAUUAAUUAAUUUAAAGAAAAUUAAAACCUUAAUUGGAAAAAGGACAACGUACACAGUAAGAAAGGAUCCGUCAAAAUUAACACAUAUCGUGUGUAAAACGAGAGUUUUACACUUAUUUAUGUGUUAUUUUAAUGAUACUGAAAUUAGCCGACGUCUAAUAAUUUUUUGAUUUUUUAAAAAACGAUAAAUUAUGAAAAAAAAAAUAUUUAAAAAAAUUUCACUGUAGUCUUUUAUAUUUUCUACGUGUGCAUAUUUUUAGUGUUUUUUUUUCUUCAAAUUUAAGUGUUCAAAAAAAAAUCAAAAAAUUUUUUAUGGUCUGCUAACUUCAGGAUCGUAAAUUUGCCGACGUCUAAUAAUUUUUUGAUUUUUUAAAAAACGAUAAAUUAUGAAAAAAAAAAAUAUUUAAAAAAAUUUCACUUGUAGUCUUUUAAAUUUUCUACAUGUGCAUAUUUUUAGUUUUUUUUUUCCUUCAAAUUUAAUUAUUCAAAAAAAAAUUCAAAAAUUUUUAAUUGUCUGGUAACUUCAGGAUCGUGUUAUUUUAACAUGUGAGUGUUAAAAAAAGUUACAUACGCAUAUGUUAAAAGUAAAAAUUUUCCAAGAAUUCUUUUGUGAUGGUCGACAUUAUUUUUAAGAUAUUUUGUGUGUUGAUUUGACAGUAACAUAAAAAGUGUUACUUUCGAAUAAAACAACAUAUUUGUGUGUUAAAAAAUCAAUCGAUUGCGGCAGUUCAAACAAAAUAAAUACUGUGUGUUAAAUUGACACACAAAAGUGUUAAAAAUUAAUCACACAGAAUUUUAACAUACGCUUUUUUUUACACUGACAAUUCGUUUUUUACUGUGUAGUCGUAAUUUUGUUAAGAUACAGAAUUAAAAAAAAAUUACUUACAAUUGACAUCAAUCGGGAGUUAAACGAAAUUUGUUGAAUAAAUUUUAGUCAACGAAAUUUUAAAAUUUGAAUUAUAUAAUUUACAUGACAAUUUUACUGAAAUUUAUUUAACGAAUUUUCAUUUUUUUUCAAUUAAUUGAUGAAAAUUUGAUACCCUUAUGUCAGUUGAGUCAUUGAAAAUUUUUAAAAAGUGGGGGGGGGGGCACUGUUUGAGAACUUCCUUAAUUGUAUUUUUGAAAAUUGCCUACAGUUUGAAAAUUUUUCAAAUUUAUUUACAACAAAACAAUUAAUUGAUUAAAAAAUCGCGACGUUUUACCAGUAAUUUAUUUAAUUAAUGAACUAAUUAAUUUAAAUUUACUGCAAUUAUUUUGCUGUCAGCAAUUUUCAGCCCCAAUUAUUUAUUUUAAAAUUAAAACCGGCUUAAUAUUUUUUAUAAUUACGUCUCGAUUGCAAUAAUUUAGUUUGUAGUUGUUGAUUAAUAAAAAUAUUUACUAUAAUUUUUUUAAUUAAUACUAAAAUAA